CGCUAUUUUAACCGUACUACCGAAGUGGCUACAAUACGCGGUAUAGAAUUCCCUUUUAAAACAAAAACAAGGUGUUAAAAUAAAAAUGGUGCUGUCGAUGGACCGUUGGGUAGGGAAAGUGGCGAUAGUGACUGGUGCUAGUGCUGGAAUAGGAGCAGCCAUAUGCGAGAAACUCGUGGAAAAUGGAUUGCAGGUGGUGGGGGUGGCUAGAAGAAAAGAAAAGAUAGAAGAACUCUCCCAAAAACUUAUCGGAAAAUCAGGAAAACUGCACGCCGUCAAAGCGGACCUAACCAAAGAAGAGGACAUCCUAGGAGCGUUCGAGUGGGUAAAGGACAACCUAGGACCUGUGCACAUCCUAGUCAACAACGCCGGCAUUGUGCAGUUCGGUAACCUGACCGAAGGAGACACAGAGUCCUGGAGGCAAGUCCUUGACUUGAACGUACUCGGGCUCUGCAUAGCCACCAGAGAAGCUAUAAAAAAUAUGAAAGAAAACAACGUCGACGGGCACAUAAUCCAUAUAAACAGCAUUGCGGGGCACAAGGUGCCCAAUAUUACCAGCUUCAGUAUCUACCCGGCCUCGAAAUUCGCUGUGACUGCUUUGACUGAAUCUCUGAGAUUGGAACUGAAUUCCUUGGAGUCGAAAAUCAGAAUUACGAGUAUUAGCCCAGGUGCUACAGAGACGGAAUUUUUAGAAACCAGUAACGUGGAUCCAAACGAUGCCCAACUUGCGAAGGCCUUUAAAACCGUUCUAAGAACAGAAGAUAUAGCAGAUGCUGUUGUUUAUGUUUUAUCCACACCACCCCAUGUACAGAUUCACGAACUGACUAUAAAACCAGUAAAUGAAGAAUUUUAAUUAUAUUUUCCCAAUGCUUUGCAAUAAAUGCUAAUUCACCAUUUGUAGUUUUAAUAAAAAUAUAUUUUCAGUUUCA